AUGCCAGAGGACGAGCCCUUCCCUUGGGAUAUUGGCGUCUACGAUGCCCACUGCCACCCCACCGACACCUUGGCCUCAGUGGCCGACAUCCCACAGAUGAAAGCGACGACAUUGACAAUCAUGGCCACUCGUGGGGAAGACCAAGAGCUAGUACAACAAACAGCCGUAUCACUCUCAGCCAAAACAAGCCAAUCAACAACAGACCGCGUAGUCCCGUGCUUCGGCUGGCACCCGUGGUUCUCGCACCAGAUCCUGGACGACACUACACAACCAACAGCAGCACAAACCCCAGCCGAGCACAAGUCUGCCCACUACGCCACUGUCCUAACACCAUCUCCGGCCGAUGAACAGCCAUUUAUUGAUUUACUUCCUGUUCCCAAGCCCCUCUCAGAACUAAUAUCUGAAACUCGGAACCGACUCCAACAGUUUCCGAAUGCACUAGUCGGCGAAGUCGGCUUGGACAGGUCAUUCCGACUCCCGAGCCCAUGGACUGGAACCGACAGCGACAACAGAGAUGACCAGCUUACCCCCGGCUCACGUGAGGGUCGGAGUCUCUCAAAGUACCGCGUCAAACCGGAACACCAACGCACCGUGCUAAAAGCGCAGCUACAGCUAGCAGGAGAAAUGAACCGUGCGGUCUCACUGCAUAGCGUUCAAGCACACGGCGGGGUUUUCGAGGUGCUUAAGGAGCUCUGGGCAGGACAUGAACGGGUUGUGCUAUCGCGACGGAAGAGGGAUAAACAGCGGGAUGCAGAAGGCGCCGUGUCUGACGACGAAAACGAUGAUCAAGAUGAGACGCCGGACGGAUCUCAGUCCACUAAAAUAUCCAACCCCAGUAGGAAAUCGUAUCGGCCGUUCCCACCUCGCAUCUGCAUGCACUCUUAUACCGGUUCGGUUGAGCCCAUUCGCCAGUUCUUGCACCGGUCGAAUCCGUCGGAUGUUUAUUUCUCCUUCUCGAAACCUAUCAAUUUCUCCGGUGCGGCCGAAAAGAAGGUUGGCGAUGUUAUCAAGGCCUUGCCUGAGGACCGCAUUCUUAUUGAAAGUGAUCUUCACGUUGCAGGUGCGCAGAUGGAUGAGAUGCUGGAAGAUGUGGCCCGACAGAUUUGUCAGCUACGUGGAUGGGAAUUGCGACAAGGUGUCCAGGUGCUUGCGGAUAAUUGGCGGCGGUUCGUGUUUGGCUAG